AUGGAAAUGAAGUACCUAAACGCCUACACCGGCACCGUGCUGCUGCGCUGCCGCAAGGACUUCUACAGGCUGGUCUGCUCGGCGCUGCCCUUCGUUAGGCACCUGGAGAGCCGGGCCCAGCGCUACCCCUGCUCCCUCAACACCCUGCACGUCGGAGGUACUAUAAGAACAUGUCAGAAAUUUCUAAUUCAAUAUAAUAGAAGACAGCUGCUGAUGUUGUUGCAAAACUGUACAAAUGAAGAGGAAAGACGGUGUAUACAGAAGUCCUUGUUGAGCUGUUCCCUGACAGAAGAGCAGUCUCAAAGUGGAGAUGAGGAAGAUGAUGAUGGCAUAGAGACAGACUGAAUGUUACGAGUGUAACUGUUCAAAUGUUACUGUUCAACUCUGUCCUGUACUUGUGUAAUCAAGAUGUUACCAGUUAUCUUCAGCGCUAAGCAAAGCAGGGGACAGAAAAAGCAUCUGUACAUAUUUAGACUUCAUUUCCCCCAUU